CGAAGAGAUAGUGUUCAUCCUCGAGACAGGCAACUCUCUUCCAGCACUCUGGACUCUGGAAUCACCUCCAAAUCAGCAUCCCUUUCUCGACCCUCUUACAACACGUCAAGAGGGAAUCUGAAUGAAGAUGAUGAUGACGGCAACAGUUUUCCUUCACCACCGCCUCCACCAAUCGACAUGGAAGAUCCGGACCCUGCUCAUCCCUAUCCCUUCAAUGUGAUCCCUGUGGGAGAAGGUGUCGAUUUUUCGACCCGUCGAUCACUUCAAACCUCCUGUCUAAGCCUGGCGGCUAGAAGUGUGAGAUCCAGCUGUCAGAGUCUUCUUCCGACUGACAAUGAGGAUAUGGAGGAUGAUGAACAGCCAUCAGAACGCGAUUGUCAAUCUCUUUCUCGCCAUCAAUUUGCGUCUAGAAGUGCGAGCCUACAUCGUUCAUUGGGAAAAAGAGAUCGAAAUCAGGAGACGGAAGCUGUGACAAUGGUUCAGGAUGAUAUGGUCACUGCACUCCCUGGAAAUCGCUCUUCAUUUGUUGGGUCCACUGUGGGCAUGACUGCAACUACCUCCUCCGCAUCUUCUCGAAGUUUGAUUUCAUUAACAACAGCGUCAAAGUCACGUUCCAGAGAUGACAGGUCGACAAGGUCCUCUAGGCGGGGUUCAGCUUCCGGAGGGUCAAGAAAUCAGUUAAGGGCACCAGCAAGUGUGGCGUAUCAUCUGCUUCGUGAAUUGACAAUGACGGAAAGGACUUAUAAAAAGGAUCUGGACUUUGUAUGCGAGAAUCCUCAGUACCUUCGUGGUAAAUUUGGGCAUGGAGAUUGA